AGAGGGUGUAUAAAAGUCGAGGCACCAACUUCCUAGCCUGACAACCCUCCUCAAUCCUCAAUUCCAGUGUACGAAUCAGAGUUGAAAAUUUGUAUGGAAAUAUUAAACCCCCAGACUUUGCAGCUUUUGCGUAUAAGUCGUCUAGUAGUAGUAUGUUAUACAACGGAAAUAUUUCGUAUUCUUGACCCAUUCUCAGUUUACCAUGGUAACGCGGACGGCGAGGUUAGGUCGUGUAAUUUCUACGGCCGUCCACCUAAGCCUGUGCCAGGUGAGAGCUGGAUGAAGACGGCACUGCGAGAGGCGUACCAACGAUGCAAUCAGCAGACUUACACUGGCCCUACAGGUUGCUGCAAUGGGAAGCCACUCGGUAUGAAGGAUGGCUCCAUCCCAAGCAGUAGCAUCACGGAUUUGAGGCAUUUGGUAUCAUGGCAGACAACCAAGGCGCGACUAGAUGGAAGGAGAUGCUGGGGUUUUUAUCUGCACAAUGGGUACAGCUGGAUACAGGUCGACCUCGGUGCCAUGUACAGUGUCUCCGGUCUGAUCACUAAAGGUCAUGGGGUUCACUGGGUGACUGAAUAUCAAGUCUCCUACAGCUUCGAUGGGGAUAAUUGGAGUAAUGUUACUGAGGCAGGCGGGACAACCAACACAUCGGCUGAACAGGUGGAAGCCCCUAAGAAGUUCACAGGCAACAUCGACGGGAGCUCCCAUGUAACCACUCAGUUCCCGAUGGCCGUGCGCACCCGAUUCCUGCGAAUAGAACCCAGACGGUGCACUCAUUUCUGCUGCCUUCAGUUUGAGCUGUUGGGUUGCUCUGAGAUAUAAAAAAAAGGAAACAAAGAAUGAACAGUUUUGCGCCCCUUUCACUUUCUCAAACUCAUGGGGACACAGCUCGUCAAGCAAAAAUUAGGUAUCGUCGCCAUCAUGCAAAACUAUUACGGCAGGCUUAACGAGAGUGUAAUUCAUAGAACAUUCGAAAGAUUAAUAGUCGUGUAUUAUUUGUUGCCCGAUUAUCUGUUUGUUCAGCAGCAGCGUAGUCAGGGUUCUCAUCC